GCAAUUAGGAAAAUAUACACAAUGUUUAGAAAGGUUGAAUGUGUUAUAAUUAGGUACCAUGAUUUUAGAAAAUAUAAGCUAAUAGCAUAAGAAUCAUCAUGUGAUUAUGAUGCAUUUCACUCAUAGCUUACCUGGUGUUCAAAUGUCCAACAGGCAUAAUCUUAAAUAGGUAUUUACAGGUUUUCAGAAAAUUAAGUUAGAAGUUGGACAAAACAGCUUCAACAACAAUUGACCAUCAGCGAAAAGGUUUUGAAAUGGCUUCCUGGGUUUGCUGCAAUUCCUGCUUUCUUCCUCAAAGUGCCGACCGCAAACUGGCGGUCACAAGCUGUGGCCAUGUCAUCUGUAGUGGUUGUUAUCAGAGAGGUUAUCAGAGAGGCCAACCAGGCAGCUGUUAUAUCUGCAACGCUAAAUGCCAACUGUCACCACUGUCUGACAAAAGCAGCCCUGGUGUGAAGGCCCUUUUCUCAAACAUCAAGGUGGUGGCAGCCAAGCACUUAACGGAAAUCAGCCAAGUUAUAAAGUACCAGGAAAAACAUCAAAAGAGGCUCUUCACUCACUACGAGCAAAGGAAUGAAAAGCUGGAGGAGGCAGUAGUGAGGGUGAAGCAAGAAAUGCAGCAGAUGACAAAGAAGCUGAAUGAACAGAGUGCCUACAUUGCUAAACUGGAAAAUGCACUAAAGCUUCAGAGUACCAAAGCUUCAUCUGGGCACCAUAUGAGCCAUAGUUCCCAAACCCCAUAUGGACAUAAACCAGUCUUACAGAUACCAUAUAACUCCUCUGUGUCCCUCUCACGACACUCUUCAGCUACUAAUGUCACUGAAAACAUGGAGGUGGAUCAAAGGAGCCUGUUCUGGAAACCUAACUCUGGCUCAUUUAUCAGAGCUUCACAAGAUGGAUGGACUGGAUUAACCAUGGUUUCAUCUUGUGUGAUGUGCAGGCACCAUGCCUCACAGAUCGUCCAACCCAAACAUGUCAGCCAGUCACGCCGCAUGCUCAGCCACAGUGAGCCGUUUUCAAGGAGGACCUUUUACCCCAGACGUGUCAUUCGGCCAGAGUUCUGGAUGGAAGUCUCCAAUCUUUAGACCACCGUCCUCCUCCAGGCACUCCAUGUCCUAACUGGUCUACCACCUCCUUAAUAAACACACACGAAAACUGUCAUGAGGUCUCUAGAUGAAGUACGCCUAGCUAAAAUGAGUCACCACCCGGUUUAUAUGUUGGUUUCACUCACACACCUGUGAAUUCACAGACACAAUUAAAUGUAUUUAGCUUAAAGCCAAGAUUUGUUCUUAUGUACAUCGAUUACAAACCUAAAAUUUAAGUUUGGUAAAUUGUGUUCAAUCUACAGAUUCAAUAAACAGAUGA